UGAAUGAAUGCAAGAUGGCGCUGUCCAUUGGACGAAACGUAAAAUCUCUAUUUCGGUUUAUACCAAGAAACAAUUACCACAGCGUAUUAUAUAAAGCACAGAAAAGCAUAGGAACGACGAGUUCCCAUGAGGAGCGAGUGUUCUCUGGAAUCCAGCCUACAGGUGUUCCUCACUUGGGCAACUAUCUUGGUGCUCUUGAGAGCUGGGUGGCCCUGCAAGGAAAGUACAGUUCAGUGAUGUACAGCAUUGUAGAUCUUCAUUCCAUCACCCAGCCUCAGGACCCUCAACUCCUUAGAGAAAACAUCCUGGACAUGGUGGCCAGUCUGUUGGCAUGCGGCAUUGACCCAACUCGCUCCAUCCUCUUCCAGCAGUCUCAGGUCUCUGAACACGCUGAACUUUCAUGGAUCCUGGGUUGCCUCACCAGCAUGCCUCGACUGACGCACCUGCCUCAAUGGAAGAUGAAGAGCAAGCAGAAGAAUGAGGGCAGUGUGGGACUUUACACUUACCCAGUCUUACAAGCUGCAGACAUACUGCUAUACAAAUCCACACAUGUGCCAGUAGGAGAGGACCAGAUCCAGCAUUUGGAGCUUGCCCAGGACCUGGCCCGCAUCUUCAACAACCAGUACGGAGAGUUUUUUCCCGAACCUCGUGCCCUGCUCAGUUCCACUCAAAAGGUGAAAUCUCUAAGAGAUCCGUCCUCCAAGAUGUCAAAGUCAGACCCUCAGAGGUUAGCUACAGUCUUCCUGACUGACACACCGGAUGACAUUGUCCUCAAGCUUCGUAGGGCUGUGACAGACUUCAACUCCAAAGUGACCUAUGAGCCUGAGAGUCGGCCAGGUGUCUCUAACCUGGUCGCUGUGCAUGCGGCUGUGUCUGGACAGACCGUAGAGGAGGUGGUUAGGUCUGCCGACGGUUUAGACACUGGACAGUACAAGAAUGUGGUAGCUGAAGCUGUUGUACAGAAACUGAAACCAAUUCAGCAGGAGAUCCAGAGACUUCGGGCCGACAGGGGGCAUCUUGAGAGUUUGCUAACUGAAGGAGCAGAGAAAGCUCGCUGUCUCGCAGCUCCAGUGAUGAUGGAGGUCAGGAAACGGGUGGGAUUCUGUUAACACAUAGUUUUUGAAUAUUCAAAAACUGUAUUGCUUACAUGUAAUGUAUACACCAGAAAGAGACAGAAAAGUAUUUUUAAUGAAAAGAAACUAUCGGGGAUAAAAUUGCAUCAUCACCGUUGAUUUUCCAUGUGGUUUUUAGAAGACCACUGGUUAGUUUUGUGUGCUUGCCAUCUUUUCUAUUUCAUUAUUUUCUAUUUAUUUAGCAAAAUAAAGUUGUUUACUUUUAUUAAUGUGUUGGUCUUUAAAAAACCUCUUGGUUCUCAAAGGUGUCUCAGCACACACUACAUGCUGAGCAGGAAAAAUUGCCAGUCCAGGAGUGGAGGAAAGCUCUUGCCAAAGCAGCUCAGGGCUAGAUGACAUUGCAGGCGCCUCAUAUGUUCUGUAGUGCAGUGGUGAAAUGAUAGCAUGCUGUGCCUAAGAGUCAUAUUUAGGUUUUAUUCUUGUACAAGAUUUAUUCUUAUACAAGAACACAAGAUUCUUUCACUGGAUACAUGUGAUUUUUAUGCUCGGUUUAAUUUUGAAAAAGAAGGUCUGUGAAAUAUGCACAUUAAGGAUAGUGAUGUAAAAACAUAUCUCAUGUUUUUUUUAUUUCUCUAAAAUGUCAAUAAUAUCAUUAUUUAAACCUUUUCUGGGUCAGGAAUCUAACAAAUGCUGCCUCUUUUAAGUGUAAUUAGACAGAAGCAUGUGCAAGCUAGGGAAGUUUCUCAAAAAAGAAAAAUACCAAAACUGAAUCUGAAAGACAUAUAGACUACUUUCCACAUUUAUAACCCAGUAGGAUUUGUUAUUACAUAUGAGUGUCAUUUUAAAAUACUGAGUUAUCCUUGUAAUUUUAAAUUGGAAAAUGCUCAUAGGUCUUUUUAUACUACCUAAAUUCAGACAAAAAUAACAUUUACUGGUUUAUGAUGACUUAAACUCAGUCUGCCUA